AUUCUGCUUUUACGACUUCUAUUUUUUUAUCUUCUUUUUGAGAAGUUCAGAUGCAUCUCCUCCUGCUCUUUUCACUUUUUUUUCGAGUGGACGUACUUGUUCGAUGCUUUUUUUUUCGUUGUCGCGUUAGCGCGAUUUGGCCUGCGACCAGUGGUGACCCAGUUUUUCAGAUUUGAUUCUGGGCAGAUUGCUUUUUUCGUGACGAACUCCGCCGAUUGGAUUUGUUCACGCUUUCACCUAUUUAUAUUCAAUACUAGUACUGUCGAAUUGUUCCGGCCAUCAGAUGCGCUCGGAUUUGCGUUAGAUUUGGGACUGUGCUCUUUUCCUGAUUUUAACGCUUUUUAUAAUUUCCUAAUGCGGAUAUUGCUUCGAAGUAUGGAUGUAGAAUAUUCUAGCUAGUGGCCACGCGGCGAAUUGUUAGCUGUGUAGUGUGUUGACGUGUUAGUGCAUUCCUGCCACAUGUAGUAAUUUUAUACGGUCAUAUGCUGGCAUUUGAAUAGGAUAGAAGUAUUCGAGUACUAUUUGUUAACUGUGCUGAAUUGGUCCCUACUGCCUGGUAGGUUGACUACUUUUGGUCCAUGUAAAACGCCCAACUAGAUUUGAAGUUAGUUACCGUAAAAAUAAUUGUUGCUGACUUGCUUGAUUCAUACUAGUCUGCAAUGCCUUGUAAAGGGAAACUGAAUUUGCAUUGUUCAGUUAUUGUGGAACUAUCAAAUGCAUAAGCCAAAAAGAUGUGUAUUGUUGUUGCCAUCUGCAAUUUCUUGAGGAUUUUGAUUUUUUUAUGUGGACUGCCCAUAGUCCCUGGGGCCACAUUGCAUCUCAUGAUUUUAGUUAAUAACUGGAGGAACUUGCUGGACAUGUUUAAAAUAGGAAGAGAUAGUUGGAUUCAAUUCGCACAGAGACCCUACAGGCACUCUGCGGACUGCUGGCUACUUCCGUCAAUAGUCCAUUUAUUUUUCUUUAAAAACAAAAUAUUCUUAUGUUCAUUUGGAGAUAUUCUGGUCGUUGUUGGGCAUGACAAACAGCCUCAAGGUAUUCAGAAUGGCUACGGCAGUAGUUGUCUCCUUAUCUUUAGAGUACCUGAUGACAUGUAUUAUGCAUCACUAUCGCGGAGCAUACAAGUGAAAGCAGCCCUUGUGCUGAAUGCAUCAAGACGCUUUAGGUAUACACUUGAUUUGGAAAAGGAGAAACGAAAGGAGGAAAUCAGAAGAAAAAUUCGUGCACAGGCUCAUGUUAUAAGGGCUGCUUUUCGUUUCAAAGAGGCUGGUCGAGGCCAUGUUCAGUCUAAAGAAACUAAAGUGCCACAUGCUGAUGCUGCACUUGGCUUCGGAAUCAAAGAAGACCAGCUUACAGCACUGACAAGAGAUCACAACUACUCCGCCCUGCAACAAUAUGGAGGGAUUUCUGGUGUAGCUAAUAUGCUAAAAACUGAUACGGAGAAGGGGAUUGGUGGAGAUGAUGCGGAUUUGAUGGCAAGGAGAAAUGCAUUUGGCUCAAACACAUAUCCCCGUAAGAAAGGAAGAAGCUUUCUGGCCUUCGUAUGGGAUGCUUGUAAAGAUCUGACACUAAUCAUCCUGAUGGUUGCUGCUGCUGUUUCCCUGGCCUUGGGCAUAACAACAGAGGGUAUUAAGGAAGGCUGGUAUGAUGGAGCGAGCAUUGCCUUUGCUGUUCUCCUAGUUGUAUUUGUUACAGCUAUCAGCGACUACAAGCAAUCACUGCAAUUCCAAAAUUUGAAUGAAGAAAAACAGAACAUACGCCUGGAGGUUGUUAGAGGUGGAAGGCGAAUCAUGGUAUCGAUAUAUGAUUUGGUUGUUGGAGAUGAUGUCCCUCUCAAGAUUGGUGACCAGGUUCCUGCAGAUGGGAUCCUUAUCAGCGGGCACUCCCUUUCCAUAGAUGAAUCAAGCAUGACGGGAGAAAGUAAAAUUGUACACAAAGAUCAGAAGUCACCCUUUCUAAUGUCAGGUUGCAAAGUUGCUGAUGGCUAUGGGACAAUGCUGGUAACUGCUGUCGGAAUCAACACUGAAUGGGGACUGCUAAUGGCAAGCAUAUCUGAAGAUUCAGGUGAAGAGACACCUCUUCAGGUUCGUUUGAAUGGUGUUGCUACUUUCAUUGGAAUGGUCGGACUUUCUGUUGCCCUAGCAGUUUUGGUUGUACUUUUGGCCAGGUACUUCACUGGGCAUACUUACAACCCUGACGGUUCCGUGCAAUACGUGAAAGGGAAGAUGGGUGUUGGCCAGACAAUACGUGGAGUAGUUAGAAUUUUCACGGUGGCGGUCACUAUUGUGGUCGUGGCUGUUCCAGAAGGACUACCAUUGGCUGUCACUUUGACGCUUGCCUUCUCGAUGCGCAAGAUGAUGAAGGACAAGGCUCUGGUCAGGAGGCUUUCGGCAUGUGAAACGAUGGGCUCUGCUACAACAAUUUGCAGUGACAAGACUGGCACCUUGACUUUAAAUCAGAUGACUGUUGUUGAGGCAUAUUUUGGUGGAAAGAAGAUGGGCUCCCCAGAUAAUGCUCAGACGUUAUCUGCUGAUGUCACAUCACUUAUUGUUGAAGGAAUUGCACAGAACACUUCUGGAAGCAUAUAUGAGGCUGAGCAGGGUGGUCAAGAACCGGAGGUGACUGGAUCACCUACAGAAAAGGCUAUACUGUCUUGGGGGCUAAAGCUGGGUAUGAAAUUCAAUGAAACAAGGUCGAAGUCCUCUAUUCUUCAUGUAUUCCCUUUCAACUCAGAGAAAAAGCGAGGCGGGGUUGCGGUGCACCUGGGUGGUCCUGAGGUACAUAUACACUGGAAAGGAGCAGCUGAAAUUAUUUUGGAUUCAUGCACAAGCUGGCUUGACACCGAUGGUUCAAAGCACUCAAUGACUCCUGAAAAAGUUGCUGAAUUCAAAAAAUUCAUAGAAGAUAUGGCCACUGCUAGCCUCCGUUGUGUUGCCUUUGCCUAUAGGACAUAUGAGAUGGAUGGUGUUCCAAACGAAGAUCAGAGGGAUGAGUGGAAAUUACCUGAAGAUAAUCUGAUUAUGCUUGGAAUUGUGGGAAUAAAGGAUCCCUGCCGUCCAGGAGUUCAAGAUUCUGUUCGUUUAUGUCAAGCAGCUGGCAUUAAGGUCCGCAUGGUUACUGGUGAUAAUCUUCAAACUGCGAGAGCCAUUGCCCUGGAGUGUGGAAUACUUGAUGAUCCCAAUGUGUCCGAGCCUGUCAUCAUUGAAGGAAAGACGUUCCGGGCCCUGUCAGACUUAGAAAGGGAGGAAGCUGCUGAAAAAAUCUCUGUGAUGGGGAGGUCUUCACCAAAUGAUAAACUUUUACUUGUUAAGGCACUGAGGAAUAGAGGUCACGUUGUUGCUGUUACUGGAGAUGGCACAAAUGAUGCCCCAGCACUGCAUGAGGCAGAUAUUGGUCUAUCAAUGGGCAUUCAGGGAACCGAAGUGGCCAAGGAGAGUUCUGAUAUUAUUAUCUUGGAUGACAAUUUUGCAUCAGUCGUGAGGGUUGUCAGAUGGGGUCGAUCUGUUUAUGCGAACAUACAGAAGUUUAUACAGUUCCAACUAACAGUCAACGUUGCAGCUUUGAUAAUCAAUGUAGUUGCUGCUGUGAGUUCUGGAAAUGUGCCGCUGAAUGCUGUUCAGUUGCUGUGGGUCAACCUAAUCAUGGACACUUUGGGUGCCCUUGCAUUGGCGACGGAACCACCUACAAACCAUCUCAUGGAGAGACCCCCAGUAGGGAGAAGGGAGCCACUGAUAAUAAAUAUCAUGUGGAGAAACUUGAUUAUCAUGGCUUUGUUUCAAGUUUCAGUUCUCCUUACUCUCAACUUCAAGGGGAUAAGCCUCUUGCAGUUGAAAAAUGAUAACCCAGCACAUGCAGAUAAAGUGAAAAACACCUUCAUAUUCAACACAUUUGUUCUCUGCCAGGUGUUCAAUGAAUUCAAUUCCCGUAAACCCGAUGAGCUGAAUAUAUUCAAGGGCAUUUCAGGAAACCACCUCUUUAUUGGCAUUAUAGCGCUAACACUUAUACUUCAGGCGCUUAUCGUGGAGUUCCUUGGCAAGUUUGCCUCAACAGUCAAGCUAAGCUGGCAGCUGUGGUUGGUAUCCAUAGGUCUUGCUUUCUUCGGUUGGCCGCUGGCUUUUGUGGGAAAGUUUAUUCCUGUUCCCAAACGUCCAUUUGGAGAAUUCUUUGCGUGCUGCUGUAAAGGGAGCAAACAAGCUUCUGAUGCAACCUCUGAUGACAAGGGAAACAAAUCAGAGCAUAGAGAUGUCGUAUGAUUUGUUGGUUGGCAUGGAGGGCCUUUUGCUGUUCUUACUAGGGUUUAACAUGUUGGGAUUUGUAAUUACUGCUGAUUGCGAUUGUAUAUAUUCACGGUAGCCGCCAGCUUUUGGGAGGUUGCAGCAGCAUCUAACCCGCAUGCAAUCUUGAUACCUGACCCUGGGUGCUUGAAAUCAGCAGCCGUGGCUGGAAAUGCAACUCGGUUUGGCUCGAGACUCGAUGGUUUCCCUUUGUUGAGAGCAUCUUCGAGCUAUUGAGUGUAUUUCGGAUGUAAGUGAGCUGCUGAUAACAGCCGUAAGCUAUGGGACAUGGCUAUCGUGGGGCUUCUUGGUGCUUUCGGGUGUUGUAGUCUGUGUUGCAGUGUAACAGUGCUGGCGCCGUAACAUUUGAGAAGCGGCUGUGGACAACGGAAGCAGUUCUUGUCCCAA